AUGCUCCAUCAUGCCAAGUUGGACAAGUGCUUCUGGGCUGAAGCGGCAAUGACGGCCGUCUAUGUGAAGAACCGUUUGCCGUCACCCAAGAUUCCACACAAGACACCGUUCGAGAUUGUCUACAAUUCUAAGCCAAGUGUCAAGCACAUGCGCGUUUUUGGGUGCCAAGCAUACAUCUUGACCCCGAAGGAGAAACGACUCAAGUGGGAUCCCAAGGCCCGGGCUGGAUUGUUUUUUGGGCUACGAAGAAGUGUCCAAGGCGUAUCGAGUUUACGACAUCGAAGCGGGGCAGGUGAUGAUAAGUCGCGAUGUCAACUUCAAUGA